AUGGGUUGCGUCAACCUACACGUUGUAUUAACGCCAAACGGUUUUGGUACAACUCGAAUCGACCGUCGUCUUUCGGUGAUAUUGACCUACGAAUCUCUUCAUGCAUUUUUAUUCCAAGUGAAAGUCUUCACGACAAUCUUGUCUCUUAUCUUCAAAUACACGUCGCUUAAGGCGAUGCAACGACGGAAAGUAGCAGUUGUCCCUCCCUCCGUAUGUCAUAAAAUGUCGCCUGAACCAGCUCAGUUGCAACGUGACGUCACGAUAUGCAUGAGUUCACUUUCGAAACCCAUUCAGGUUGAAAUGUCGAAACGCCAAUCCAAUUGGUCAGGGGCGAGAGAGGCUCUUGAGAGAAGA